AUGCUUCUGAUCAAUUUCUUAUGCUGGUUGCUCAUAGUAGUAGAUGUCUAUGCAGUCCAUGGCGGAGUAGGCCUUGAAAUUUGCAAAGAAGAAAGAUGUAAACCGGACGGCCCAGCCAUCCGAUUCCCAUUUCGACUUAAAGGUAAGCAGUCAAUUUAUUGUGGUUACCAUGGCUUUGAUCUAUCAUGCACUAACGACAACCAGACUCUGCUCGAGAUGCCAUCUUCAUCUAACAACCUCUUCGUUGAAAAGAUUAAGUACACAUCUCAGGAGAUUGAAAUAUCUUAUGUUAAUUACCCAGGAAAUAUUUUAAACUUCAGUUUAUCUUCUUCUCCCUUACAAUUUGUACCUGGACACAAUUACUAUAAUUAUACCCUAUUUAGCUGUUCAUAUCCAAGGGAAACGUAUGCAUACACAAGCUUUUGUAUGAUGCAAUGGAGCCCUUCCGACCUUGACAAUCCUGAAAACGGUAUAUAUGCUGUCAACACUCAAUGUUCUGUUGAUAGACUGCCCCUAGAGUCUUGUACCAAGCUGCACGACUAUACAUCAAUUCCAGACAUAUCAUCAAACUUUGGAAUGAACAAAAUUACGAAGUUGCACUGGUCCAAACCAUCAUGUCGACAUUGCAAAGAGAUGGGCAAGGCAUGUAGAUCAAAGAUUAGCAACUAUAGUCUUGCACAAGUUCAGACUGCAGAAAGCGAAUGUUUAGAUUUCCCUGAAGGUAUCAUUUAA